CCAGUAUUGACAUUUUCAGCAACUGUCAACAAAACUAUUUUUGACAUUUAAGCCCAGCAAACGUAAAUAAACAGAACCUAACCUAAAACUUUUUUUCGUACAGAAAAAGCCGAAUUCAAACAUAAAAUGGUCGUAGCACUGGGUUUCGAAGGUAGUGCAAACAAAAUAGGCGUAGGAAUAAUAAAGGAUGGGGUGGUUCUGGCGAAUCCUAGAAAAACAUACAUUACACCCCCCGGGGAAGGGUUUAUGCCCAAAGAGACUGCCCAGCACCAUCGUGAAAAGGUCUUGGGAGUCUUACAAGAUGCUUUAGUAGAAGCUCAGAUAAAACCUUCAGAAAUAGAUGUAAUCUGUUACACAAAAGGUCCAGGAAUUGGGGCUCCAUUAGCCACAGUUGCUGUAGUGGCAAGGACUGUGGCCCAACUAUGGAAUAAACCGAUUCUAGGAGUAAACCAUUGUAUUGGACAUAUUGAAAUGGGUAGACUAAUUACUGGAGCCAAUAAUCCCACAGUAUUAUACGUUAGUGGAGGUAACACACAAAUUAUAGCUUAUGCCAGAAAACGCUAUAGAAUAUUCGGCGAAACUAUUGAUAUAGCUGUGGGCAAUUGCUUGGAUAGGUUUGCCCGGGUACUAAUGAUUCCAAAUGAUCCCAGUCCUGGCUAUAAUAUUGAGCAACUAGCUAAAAAAGGUAGUAAAUAUGUACCUUUACCAUAUGUCGUUAAAGGAAUGGAUGUCAGUUUUUCAGGGAUCUUAAGUUACCUGGAAGAAAGAACAGAGGGUUUACUAAAACAAGAUUACACUAAAGAAGACCUGUGUUUUUCAUUACAAGAAACUAUCUUUGCCAUGUUGGUGGAAACAACUGAAAGGGCACUGGCACAUUGUGGCUCAUCUGAGGUCUUGAUAGUUGGUGGAGUCGGUUGUAACUUACGUCUACAAGAAAUGAUGGCGGAAAUGUGCAAAGAAAGAGGGGCUAAAUUGUUUGCCACCGACGAAAGGUUUUGUAUUGAUAAUGGUGUGAUGAUUGCACACGCCGGUUGGGAAUGGUUUAAGUCUGGUGGAAGGAUGAGCUGGACGGAUUCGUUUGUGACGCAAAGGUUUAGGACUGACGAUAUGGAGACUACUUGGAGACAUGAUUAAAGGCCUUAGGUUUUACCUCCUACAGCAAUGUAAAUAUUGAAUUAUUAAUUGUAUUGGGAAUUAAUAAACUAUUUUUAUUAUUAUCUUAGUA